AUGCUCUUCGACUCCAUCUGUAACAACAAAUUCUUCAUCGAUACCUCCAUCAUACUCUUCCUCAACAAGAAAGACUGUUUGGUGAGAAGUCAAAAAUCGCCUCUGACCAUCUGCUUCCCUGAAUACACAGGACCCAACACAUACGAAGACGCAGCGGCCUAUAUCCAAGCACUUGAAAGCAAAAACCGUUCGCCGAACAAGGAGAUUUAUUGUCACAUGACCUGUGCAACAGAUACAGGCAACAUCCAGGUUGUAUUUGAUGCCGUCACCGACAUCAUCAUUGCCAAUAAUCUUCGAGGCUGCGGCUUAUACUGA